AUGUCAACCGAUACCAGCACCACCAACAGCACCCCUACCAGCAACAGCUCCUCCGGUUAUACCUCACCUUCAUCAACCUCAACCUCGACUCGAACCUCACCAUACUCUACCAAGGUAUCUUCACCCCUCGCCUUAUCAGACUACAACCUCAAGCUUACCGCAAUUGAGGAACCUUCAGAAGGGGAAUUGAAACCUUCCAAGAAAUGUACUCCGGAGGUCUACACCGACAUUCAAUCUCAAGAGAAAAUAUCGAGAUCCACACGAUCGAUCACGAAGUACAACGAAAACGAGUAUAUCUGGUUCAAGGGUUGUACGAGUAGGAGAGUUGCGGAGAAGGAGGGGGAAUAUAUUUGGUUUGAUACGAAGAGAUGUAAAGGGAGAAAGGGGUAUUGA